AAAAAUGUCUGACAAUUGUAACCGGCUAAUGCAGUUACUACGCCUGGCUGAACGUGACCACGACACGUUCCAUGGAUUUAUUAAUGAAAUUCCGCUGGGAAAACCGCGACUCUCAUCUCUGGAAGUAACAACAUUCGCAGGGAGAAGACAAAUCGAGGAACGAAUGUUGAAAUCAGUGCACAGCAAAUUCAUCCGCUCCUCAGUCGAAGAGAUAAAUCUCGUCGGGCAAAAGAAAGAAACGAAGUGGGUUCUUCCGGGAAAUAAGCAGAAAUUCGUUUCUCCCUCUCACGGUUGUUUCUCGAAGAGUGUUUUUUUCUACGCUUCUCUUUGGAAUUGCCACGUUGUAACGUCGGAGCUGAAGAAGCCCUUUGAUCGUGGCGACGGUAGCUUGCCGGAUGAUGUUUGAACGCUCCUCCCGUUCGCAAAUAACGAAAUUUGUCUGUGUACACACAGGGAGAGACGAGAAAAAGGCGCACCGUGGCACGUAUGAAUUCGUGAGAAAUUUCACGAAAUUCAUAUUUGUCCUGACUGUCCCGUGAAAUUCGUGGAAGGCGCCAUGUUGAAUGCUGUCACUGGAGAGUCGAAACACAGGCUGAACCUACGUCAACGUCACCGUUUCUAGACCCGCGAUGCCGUGAUUUCGAUAACCCUGGGAAAAAGCACACGAGAAAAAAGUUGUCGAUAGAGACUAUAUAACGUUAUUGGAUGAUUAGACAUAUUUCUGAAACUUUCAAAGGUUGCGCCGAACUUUUUAUUUGUU